CAAACCGCCGCAUGGCGGUAUACGCGCCUCCGCCCGUCUGCAACCACGCGAAUCUCCCCCUCCCCCGCCUCCCCACGACUCAACGGCACGAAGCAGCAGCGUACGUCCCCCAAGAAGGCGGUGCCACUGACCACUGGUGGCAUCCCCAACGGCACCAAUGGCCACCACGUCCCGCUCCCACCUCCGGACUCGCACCUCUAUCACAAAGCACCCGGUCGCACCAGGCAGGACAUCGAGGAUUUGUACAAGUCCGAGAAGCUCGCCCUCUCCUCUCCCCCCAUCAAGCGCGACUCGUCCUCGACAACGGGCUCGAUGACGCCAUCCAGUAGCGACUCGCUCUCGGCUUCUGAGAGUGAGAGCUGGAGUCUGCCUUCGACGCAGCCGCCCAGCAGAGCGCCCAGCAUGUCCUCCGGUGUUUCCGGCGGUAAGCUGGGCCCAUUACAGCCUCUCACGAAGACGCCCUCGCAGAAGGAGCACUCGCCGACCAAAGAGCAGCUGCCGUCAACUGCUUUGCGGAUAUCACCCGCCUCGUCAGCGGGCGCUCCUGAGAUCCAUUCCGCGAGGACCCAGAGCCAGACUCUGCGCUCGGCUCCGUCAUCAAAGCCUCCGUCUAGGCCGCCCUCCGUCCACUCGCAGCAGUCUGACGGCGGGCAGAAGCUCUUGGGUGGGCCGAAGCUCGUGCGAAAGUCCUCUGCCCGCUCGACAGCGAGCAGCAAGAAGUCGGACUCGGACCAUGACCGCAAGUCGACGACUGGGGAGAGUACGAUCAGCUUGUUGAAGAAGUACGGAGUCUGCGAAAAGGUGGCCAUCGGCAAAGGUGCGACGUCUGUCGUUCGUCUUGCCCACAAAUGGGAUCGCAGCGAGGAGAAGCUAUAUGCUGUCAAGGAGUUCCGAAAACGCAGAAAAAACGAGACCGAAAAGGAGUACGUCAAGAAGCUUACGGCCGAGUUUUGCAUAUCCUCCACUCUCCAUCACGUCAACAUCGUCGAGACCGUUGACCUCGUCCAGGACGAGGCCCAGCACUGGUGCGAGGUGAUGGAGUUUUGUCCUGGUGGAGACCUCUACGCAGCUAUCAAGCGAGGUGGAAUGUCACCCAGCGAGGUCGAGUGCUGCUUCAAGCAAAUCUUGACCGGUGUCCAAUAUCUUCAUAAUCAAGGUCCGGAGAACUUGUUCUUCGACACCAAGGGCCACUUGAAGAUCGGUGACUACGGUGCAUCUACCGUCUACCGCUUACCCUGGGAGACGACAGUGCACAUGUCCACUGGGCUGUGCGGAAGUGAGCCGUACAUCGCGCCAGAGCAGUUUUUGGGCAAACCCUAUGACGCUCGCCUCGUCGACAUCUGGGCAUGCGGUGUCGUCUAUUAUUGUCUUCACUUCCAAGAAUUGCCCUGGACGGUCGCCCAGUCUACGGAUCAUCUGUUUGCGGCGUACGCCUCCGCUUGCCAGACACAAUCGUCGUGUCCUCCGACGAUCAACAACCUGUCCCCGCGCGCAUGCAGGCCUGUGAUCCGCAGGAUGCUUGAGCCAAAUCCCAAGAUGCGUGCCCUCAUCGAUGAGCUCGUCGGUCACUCCUGGGUGCAGAGCAUCGACGUGUGCCACCUGUCGCCGAAGCCGUCUCACGUCCAUGUGAAUGCCCAGGCAAUGGCACAGGCACAGGUACAAAUUGUCUCAUAGCCGCGCGAGACGGAGGAGUUUCGGAGGGUUCGAUGAUUUCGGUCUCCUGUUCGUACUUCUCUGUUCUCCUGGGACCAUUACUCUCGCUGUUCUUGAUCAUCUGCGUUUUCGGAUGGGCGGUACGGUCUUCGUCUCCACUGCACUGCGCUUUCCUUCUCCUUGACGACCGGUGUAGAUGUACUAUUCCCCUUAGUUGGCGGCUCCUCGACGUUCAGGAGACGCGUGGGUGUGCUCUCUCUCCUUUAGCAAUGCCAUAUGCGAUUCACGUACCUGUCUCGCUGCACUAUCAUGCUGACCAGCAAUGCUGGCAGUGGACUGUAGCCGAUAGCACUGUCUAACUUAUCCUCAGCCAUGUAUUACUGUAAUCUAGCCAUAGUUUCCGCUGAUUCCGUGCAAUGAUAGUACUUCAACGUUGU